AUGGCCCCUCCGUCCACCGAGGAGACCAAUGGCCUCGGCCUGGACCCGGGAACCAACUCGGCUGAUUUCCUCUCCAUGCCCGGCUACGACUUGAGUUUUGGUGCGACCAUGAAUCCCAAUGGUCAGGCCAACUCGUACCCUCUCGCUGCUUUGGCCCAGGCGCAGGCUCAGGCUCAAGCCCAUGCCCAUGCCCAGGCGCAAGCUCAACAGGUGCAACAGGCCCAAAUCAACGCUCAGCAGCGCCCGUCACUUGCACUGGACACGACUGGUUCGGCCUUUACCAUCCCGCAAGGCCAGCACCCUCCGUCCACCACGUUCAGCAACCCUCCCUCUGGACUGGACCUCAGCGGCUCGCACCACGAGGUUGACCGCAUUCUCACUCCAAACAUGUUUUAUAACCCAUUCCCCAACGACUAUUCGAUUCAACAGUCUGCACCGCCACCCAUCUACUACCCGACGACCAUUUCCCCCUCGCAGCUCCCCCACCAGAUGCUCAAGCCCACAAAGAGCUUCUCGGACCUCAUCCAGGAAAGCCGCCAGUCGUCCCUCUCGGCCUCGUCGACCGAGCACGAGUGGAACGGUGUCGACGACCUCUCCAUGCCGCUGGCUCGCGCCCUCGUGAUGGAGCAGCAGAAGCAGCAGCCGCCGCCUCCCCUCCAGGCACACCAGCAGCAGCAACCUCAGCCGUCUAUGCAGCCACCCCCACCUCAGCAGCAGCGGCACGCACCCACGCCCUCAUUUGACCUCCAGUCGCUCGGCGACCCUCAUCGCGCCUCGAUGCUCCAAAAGUCGCUCCAGAUGUACCUGAAUGCUCCCAACCGCCUCACCUUUGGCGAGCGCAAGAUCAUUGUCAUGUCCCCCAAGGUCGGCCAGAAGAGCUACGGUACCGAGAAACGCUUCCUCUGCCCGCACCCGCAGGCCACCCUCCUGGGCAGUUCGUGGUUUACGCGCAGCAAGGAUGACUGCCCGGUGUCGCCCCUUCUUCCGCCCCGCUGUAACAUUUCCAUUUCCACCGAGGCGCCCGGCAAGGACGUGCACAUUGCCUGGACCACGCUGGACAACAAGUCGCUCGACGAGAAGAUCCACACCCAGGCCAUCACCACGGAAGACAGGCCAUUCCUUGGCAGCGCAGCUGGCAAGAACCUCCACCUGUCGGACGGUGACGGCAAGCGCAGGGACGUCAAGGCGAUCAUCACUAUCAAGGCGCCCUAUGCCCAUCACGCGGGGCGUCACGGGUGGGGCCCAGCCAAGGGCUCCAUGAUGGACAUUUCGAAUGAGAACAUUAUCGGUACCUUUGAAAGCAAGGAAAUCAAGAUCAUCUCCAAGCCUAGCAAGAAGAAGUCCAACUCCAAGUCGCAAGACUUGAUAAUCCACCACGGCUCUACCAUUGCGCUCUUCAACCGCGUCAAGUCGCAGACGUCGUCCACCCGGUACUUGUCGGUCCCGAUCGACCUCACCCGCUACCACGGCUCCGACGGCCAGAUUGUCACUGGCGCCAUGCCCCCUGCCCUCCCCCAGACCGACGGUCACUUCCCCGGCUUCAUCGUCAGCCCCAACGUCUGGGAGUCGUUCAUCAUCUACCUCGUCGACCCUUCCAAGCCGUCGGGGCUCUCCCACGUCAAGUCCAUCAACCCGGGCUGGCCCAACCUCCCGGCCAACGCCAUCCAGGUGGCCCCUCACCAGGCCGGUCCCCUUAUCCGUUACAACUCGACCGUGGUGCUCCAGUCACUGCUCACUGGUCGCUGCACGCCCGUUCUUGUUGUUCGUCAGAGCUCGGAGGGUUCCGAGGUUGUUGGCGGGGACGGCACCGUUACCGACCAGGUCAUGGCCUGCCCCGAGGGCGAGCUUCCUGGCAACGCCGUCUCGCAGCUCCAGAAGGUUGGCUUUGAGAUCUACCAGCCCGAGCACUCGCGUGACCCAAACUACACUGGUCUCUACCUCUCGUGCGAGCAAGAAAUGGCACGUGGCCAGUUCCCCAACUCGGAGCGUCGCUACAUCCCCAUGCCGGCUCCCAAGCACCGUCCGUCGAGCAUGCCCAACACGCCGCAGGCUCGCUUUGGUGUCUUGCCCAUGACCCCUCACACGACCACCGUCGGUCUCCCCUCUGGUCCUUCGAGCCCGAUCUCGUCGUCGUCGUCGACCGACUACUUUGGUUCCCACAGCCGCAAGUCGUCGUCCUCGACCUUGUUCUCACCCCUCUCGGGCGAGAUUCCCCUCCCGGCCUCGACAGAUGGCGGGCCCGUUCGUCGCCAGCGCACCGGCUCGCAGUCGUCUCGCGGUCCUCUCCAGCGCCCGACUUUGCACAAGAAGCGUGCCUCGGCGGACAUUACCACUGCCACGUCGUUUGACUUUAUGGGCAACGCCCUCAUGCACCACAGCCCUCCCAACGAGCGCAUCUACUGGUCGCUUGACGUCGGCGACGCGUGCAUCUGGACCAUUGUGAGCACUCAGGAGGUCGUCUACACGUACUACGUCCCCGAGUACAUCGCCGAGCCGUCCGAGCCAUUCGCGCCCUUCCCGCUUGUCACCCGUGUCCUGUCGCCGGGCCAGAGCUCCGAGAACGUGCCCCAGAAGUACAACCACCAGUACACGUCCAUGGCCCCGAUGCCUGUUAUACAAGUCUACGGCAAGAACUUUACAAAGUCGGCAGAUGGCAUGGCCCGCUGGCACGUGUACUAUGGUGACCAACCGUCAACGUACAACGAGUACAGGUGCGGUGAAGUCAUGGCAGCUGCCGUCCCGCCUCCCGGCCAGGCCUCGCGCCCCGUCAUGCUCGUCCGCGACGACGGGCAGUGCAUCCUCCCCACUGGUCUCCGUUAUCCUCUCUGA